GGCUCGAACCCGCCGCAUUGGCAGGCGGAUUCUUAACCACUGUGCCACCAGGGAAGUCCCCUCAUUUUCUAUCUGAAUGCUUUGUGUCAAGUAUGGAUAAUGAGGCUUGUAAAAAGUGUGCUUUUUAGGAGAUAUGUGGAUUUUGCUUUUAACUAGUGAAAAAUCAAUUUUUAUUACUCCCAGAUACCUUUGACUGGAAUAUCUGUUCUCUCAUGUGAACAUCAGAAAGCAUAGUAAAACUGUAUUUUCAAAUUUCAGUUGCCUCAUUUAUACCCUUAAUAUUUUUAAUGUGAAAUAUGUGAGUUAAAAUCUCUUCUAUUUUCUUUGAAAAUUCUGAAGUUCACACUGGAGGGAAUUUGGCAAGCCUGAAUUCCAGCUAUUCAUGCUGCAGCAAUUUCUCAAAAGAUUAUUUCCAUAGAAAAACCCAUCUGGUUCUCCUGUGACUAAUACAAGUUUCUUCAACUUUUAAGUUUGUUUGUUUUUAAUAGUAGAUAUAUGGACUCAAGUGGAUUUAACUUCUAGAAGCUAACAUUCUCUUAGGCAGGGGAACAGUGAACACCUUGGGGCUCAUAUGGGGGGAAGAGGUGGGAAGCCCCGCCCAUUGGUCCUCCAGCUCUCCAGGGCUGCGAUCACGAUCACGUAACCUGAGCUCAGCUCACUCCUGUCAGAUCUGUGGGAACUGGACACAGAUUAAGGAGCCAGGACUGUAUAGGAUUUGGGGGUCAAGGAAUCCAGGUAUCUGAGUAACUUCUGCCCACGGCCUUAGUCAGUAGACCAGAUAAAUGUGCUCAUUCCUGAGUAGUGUUCCCAAAAACCUAUAAAUGUCCUAUUUUUGUCCCUCUCCUCUCCACUCCACUUGGCUCUCUCAUCAGAUUUGCUUUUCUGCACAGGAGGGCGGGGAGACCUGAGGGAACCUUAAAACAUGAAGGUCCUCUUUCUGUUCGCUGUUCUCUUCUGUUUGGUCCAAAUGAACUCAGGGGACAUUCCACCUGCAAUUAGAAAUGUUAUCUGUCUCAUGCAACAUGGAACCUGCAGACUUUUUUUCUGCUAUUCUGGUGAGAAAAAAGCUGAAAUCUGCUCUGAUCCCUGGAAUAGGUGCUGCAUACCACAUACAGAGGAAGAAAAAAUAAAUAAAUACAAUAAACCAGAGAUGGAUGGUGGAUCUAGCACCUAAAAUGUAAGCUUCCAGAGGCAGAUGGGAUCUUGAGGUAUCCUAAGGGCUUAGAAGAAUGUGUGGCUUGUAGUAGGUGCUCAAUAAAUAUUUGUUGAAUGACUCCA